UAUGGUUUGCGCAGUUUGUCAACGUAGCCCUACUGGUGUGAGGGGUCGUGCCCCAGGGGUAACUUGGUUGACACAAGUGACUGCAGUAGGCAAAGCAAUUGAAGACGUUCAGGGCGGGUUAUUGGUGGAGCAAAGCAAAAGUUGAAAAGUGCGGUGAGGGCUGCGUUGUCCCGCGAACAGGACUCCUGCAAGGUGGUCGAAUCCUUUCUGUGGCCUUCGUCCUGCCCACGUGCGAGCACCUGUUCAUGAGCACCCAUCUUUAUCGCCUGCUAGUCGCAUCUCCAACGUUUACGUGGUGGUGGGCUGUGUUGCAAUAGUAGACGGAUCUCUAGCGUGCAAGCGCCACUGCUUUUCCCGUGCCACUCGUGACGGCAUCGGCGUCUGUCGAAUUCGAUCCUCUGCAAAUCUUCCUCCACACCACACCACCUCACCCUCCACGACAUGCUCCCCCGCCUAUCCGCGCAUCUGAUAUAGCCACCCCGAUGCAUCCCGACAAACGCGCCCAGACGCCCGACCGUGGGCAGUCUUCCUCGAGCGGCCGUGACGCUCGCCCGUCCAAUGCCCGUGGUUCUCGCCGCAGUCAUGGCGGGCCGGGCUACAUGACGGUCGGCUCUGGCUCGACGCCCGAGGCCGCCGCCCGCCUGGUGUCGAUGCUGGACGAUGACUCUGGCUAUGGAGGCAGCCUAGUGGAUGGCCAGAACGGCGCCUCGAGCUGGCACUCGCACAUUGGCGAGGACCAGCCGUCGCAGUCGCCAUCCGCCAUCCUGCCCAGCGAGUCCAACGCCUCGGAGAGCGACAGACAGCAGAGCCAUGUCAUGCAGCUGCGCUACAACCAGAACAAGAACACGCUCGGGCGAGCCAUCCACGGCACCAUCGAGGCGCUCAAGAGCUUCCAGGAAAUGAACCUCAAGUGGCCCGCCCACUACCCCUCGGUGCAAGUCGAGCCGCCCAAGCCCCACGCCCGUCUCGACUCGCGGCCCGCGCUGGCACACACGCACUCGGUCAUGGGCGACUUCGACCCCAUGAUGCGCUCCACCGACCGCCCACGCCCGCCACGGCGCGCAGGCACCACCAUUGGCGACGACCCCGCAGAAUCGAGCGCCGCUGCUGCAGAGAAGCCCAAGGAGGAACCACGGCUGGUCACGCCACAGCUCGCCCAGGAAUUUUCCGUCCUCAAGCUGGAACUCCGCAUGGGCGGCCGCUCCCAGACCGACUUGGUGCAUUCGCUGGAAAAGAGCUCCAUUGCGUCCCUGCUCGACGGCCAGAUCCAGCAGAGCAUACGCCACCUCUACUCCAUCAAAGAGCGCAUCGAGGACACGUCCAGCAAGGUGCUUGUCACGGGCGACUUGAAUGCCGGCAAAUCCACCUUCUGCAACGCCCUCUUGCGCCGAAAGGUCCUUCCAGAGGACCAGCAACCCUGCACAAGUAUCUUCUGCGAGGUCCUCGACUUCAGAGAGAACGGUGGCGUCGAGGAAGUCCAUGCUGUCCCACACGGUCAGACCUACAAGCGCAACGAUGAAAGCACCUACGUCGUCUUCGAACUUGACGAGCUGGAGAGGAUAGUCAUCGACAGCGAGCACUUCUCCCAGUGCAAGGUCUACAUCAGGGACAUCCGCUCCGUCGACGAAUCCAUCCUCAACAACGGCGUUGUCGACAUUGCGCUCAUCGAUGCGCCGGGGCUGAACGCAGACUCGAUCAAGACAACUGCCGUAUUCGCUCGCCAGGAGGAGAUCGACGUCGUCGUCUUCGUCGUCUCUGCCGCCAACCAUUUCACCGAGUCAGCCAAGAACUUCAUCUUCAGCGCCGCCCGAGAGAAGGCGUACAUCUUCAUGGUCGUCAACGGAUUCGACGUCAUCCGCGACCAGCAACGGUGUGAAGAGAUGAUCCUCAAGCAAGUGGCGGGGCUGAGCCCUGCAACCUUCAAGGAGUCCAGCGAAUUGGUCCACUUUGUCUCGAGUAACGCCAUACCCAUGCAAGGAGAUGGAAGCUCGCCACCUGGCGGCGAUGGCGAUGACGACCCAUCCGACAAAGGAAAGGGCAAAGAGGCGGAGAAGAUCCGCGACUUUGGGGAUCUCGAGACAUCGCUGCGACGUUUCGUUCUUGAGAAGAGAGCUAGGUCUAAACUGGCCCCCGCCCAGACCUAUCUUCUGAAUGUGCUCGGAGAUAUGAACAAUCUCGCUACCGUCAACCGUGAUGUCUCGCAGGCCGAGCUCGAUCGCGUGAAGAAAGAAAUCGAUGCCCUCGAACCCGAAUAUGAAGAGUCUAAAAAGUCACGCACAGAAGCCGGGGAAACCGUGGAGCGAAUGGUCGAAGACACAACAUCGGAUGUUUACGGUCAUACCCGGGACACACUCAAUUUAUGCAUAGCGAAAGUAGGAGAGCAAGAUCUAGGCAUCGAGUACCCAGGCUUGUUCUCUGCCUACCAGUACGCUGAAGACAUCCGCGACUCCAUGAUCCACGAAAUCUCGGAAACUGUUCGCCAGUGUGAGGAGCAUGCACGGACCCAGGCUGUGCAGGGCUACAACGGCAUCAAAAACCUUGGUGUCUUACAUUUGGGUAAUAAUUUGUACGCUGACGUCAUGUUCCGCCCAGAAAGAAUGUUCAGAAAGUCGGUUCACGCCCUUGCACGACAGGUGGAUAUUGACAUUGAACUCUGGGACUUCUUUGACGUGGCCAGCCUGUGGGAACGUCAAGAGAAGGUUGCUGGUACCGGCAUGGCUAUGACAGUUGCAACUGUAGUAGGAGGCCGACUGAUGGGUGGCGUCGGAUGGCUUGAUGGCGUACUUGGUGCUGCCAAGAUUAUGGGUUCGAAGAACAUGAGCAGGCUCGUGAUUCCUGGCCUUGUUGCUGGUGUCGCCUACGUCCUCACAUCUGUCCCCAAGUCUCUGCCCCAUCGUCUUAGUGCGAAGUUGUCUCAACAGUUGUCAGCCAUCGACUACACCCACACGAACGCUCUACGUAUCAGCUCCGAAAUUCGACGUGCACUCAAGGGUCCUGCCAACGACGUUCGUAUAGGCCUCCAGCGUAACGUCGAAAAGCUCCAGCUCAAGAAAGAGGAGACGAGCAAAUUCAAGGGGGAGGCCGAACUCGCCCGCAAGUACUUUGGCAAUCUCGUCCGUAACAGCAACGACCUGCGGCAGACGCUCCACAACGCACCACCACCCUGCCCCGAUGACUCGUACCACGACCAUAACACCCCGAUGGAAGCCCGGCGCGAUCCACGAAGCUUCAUUUUCUUCAUCAUCCUCCUCCUGAUCCUCAACUCGCCAGAACCGCAGCAGCCAAGCUACAACACGCGCGAGCGAUACAACGAGCUCAUCCAGCGCGAAUUCGACCAGCUCGACAUCUUAAACCAAACGCGCUACGGAGAUUUCGAUCCGAAAGGGGACAAGUGGCUGAAUGUCACGGGGCUGAGGGAUGAGGAUGGGUUUGCGUGGGAGGCGCUACAUGGGGUGAAAGAGAAGGCGCGGGGAUGGGAGAGGCGAUUGCUGGGGAAUGGAUGGGAAGACGCAGCAGAUAUACCUGUGUAUAAGAACUUUUCGGGGUUCGUGCAGGGCGAAUGGACGCGUUCCCCGCUGAGUCGCAUCAGGCAUCCGAGCGACAUGGGGAACUUGUCGAUGGUGUCUGAUGGGCCUUUUGCACAGCAGGCGGUCUUCGACAGAAACCUGACUGGUGCGGGCGGACCGGUGCGCUUCCACUUCUCGGAGCUGGAGGAUAAGAUGCGGAGGGAUGCGAACCACACCGUUUCUGAGAUCAGCGCAAGAGUAGUGAUCGGGGAUGACGAUAGCUUUGGGGACAAUUGGUGGGAGUUUAUCGUCCACGGUGUACAUUUCUUGAAGAGUGGAGCAGCCGUUCUGACAACCACGAGCGAUCGGUUUGCGGGCAUAUUCGCACUGCCGCAUAUGCAGACUGACCAGCGAUACUAUGAUAUAAGCCAACACUUCCUCAACGGGACGAUACAUGAGGCUAUCGAUCGACAGCGGAACCGUGUCUUCCCGCUAUGGAACCCUUGGACAUCCUCUGCUGAAGGGGCAAACGAGGGCCUAUACCAGGGUCACCAUUGCGAGUUUGUGUUAUAUCUACAACAGCUGCCGAACCAGUAUGGUGUUGAUCUGGACUGGCUGGAGCACGAGCUGCGGUAUCCUACUGGCGCACCAAUGCCCCGCCACUCUCCUGUUUCGAUGUCCAUGGUUGGCUUUUCGCCGGACUGUGGCUUCGUUAUCGAGUCGAAAGGCCCGCCAGACUUUCCUCCCUCCGAAGCUACACAUCUCCAGGGCGAAAAGACUGAGGAGUUUAACGACAAGGCUCGACAUGGCAUUAUUGCGUUUGCUAUGAGCCUUGCUUUCCAACUCUCGUUCCUCAUCAAGCAGAUGAAAGAGACCGCUACACCAUCCAUGCGCAGCCGUGUCAGCUUCUACACAAUCGCCUUGAUGGCUCUGGGGGAUGGCUUCACAUUCUUGAUACUCAUCUUUAUGUAUCUUUUCCUUGGGACAUCGCAACUGGCGUUGUACAGUAUUGCGUUUAUGGCGCUGUUCUCUGUACUCACGCACUUGCGCUUCUUGAUGGAUAUCUGGUCUGUCCAAGCUGCGGAACGAGAGCGUCAAAAUCGACAGCAAGCACCGCCAGCUCCUACUACCCCAGCUCCUACCCCUCCGCUUCCUCGUCCUCCCCCUCUUUCCACAGAAGGACUACCUCUCCCUGCGACGGCCUCCCACCCCCGCCCACCAACACCCAUAAUCAUCGCCCCGGACCAAGACGACCCUCUCGAAGACGACGAUGACGUCCCAACGACAACAACAACCACCACGACAACGCCUCCACCCAACCCCCGCGCCGAACUCGGCGCCCUAUACAGUCGCUUCUGCCUCCUCCUCAUCAUCCUCUUCUUCACCACCAUCCAAUUCGGCACCACCCGCAGCACCAUCCGCAGCAUCUACUUCACCCUCCUCUCUUCCCUCUACCUCUCCUUCUGGAUCCCGCAAAUCUACCGCAACGUAAUGCGCAACUGCCGCCGCGCCCUCCGCUGGGAAUACGUCCUCGGCACCUCCAUCACGCGCCUCAUCCCGCUCGCAUACUUCUGGCUCAAACCCGACAACGUCAUGUUCGCCAAGCCCAACCCGCGCAUCUGCGCCGCCCUCGUCGCCUGGCUGUGGCUUCAAAUCGUGCUCCUGGCCGCUCAGGCCGUGCUCGGCCCGCGUAUCUUCGUAAACCAGUCCUGGAGCUGGGUGCCCGAGGCGUGGGAGUACCAUCCGCUUCUAAACGACGACGAGGAGGAUGGGAAGAUGCCGCUUAAUGUUACGACCUCCGCCUCAGAGGACGCCGAACCCUCCGAGCCUAGCAAGACUCUCGGCGAGCUGAAAGAUAAGCGCAGGAAGGUCUUCGACUGCAGUAUUUGCGCGCAGGAUAUAGAGGUCCCGGUUCUGCCCAAGGGCGAGGCGGUGGAUGGCGUGAUGGGCGAGGCGGGUAUGCUGCUGCAGCGGAGGCUUUAUAUGGUUACGCCUUGUCGGCAUGUUUUUCAUACGGGGUGCUUGGAGGGAUGGAUGCGGUAUCGGCUUAUGUGUCCGAAUUGUCGGGAGGUGCUUCCGCCGCUGUAGAAUGUGGGGGAUUCUUGAGUUAGUGUUGGUGUUUGGGGGGUAAAUGAUGUUAUGACUUUAUGGUUUCUCAAUCGUGUGGUGAUGUGGUGGGGACUUGGGAAUGACUCAAGAGAUAUGAGGGGUUCCUUUUCCUUUUCCUGUUCCUUUCCCGUUCUAUGCUUCCAUUAUCGCUCUUGCUCUUCACGUCUUCGUCGUUCUGUGAAUACGUGAAACGUUUGUUCCAGCGAUAUCGGACAGUCGAUAGCAUGAAAGAUAAUCGUCAAAGCGAGGUAUUUGUAUUAAGAGACUAGAUUCAGUCCCAAUAUAUUGAAAACCUGUACCUUAUUCAUAUCACAGCUUCCUUUGAAGUUCAAGUU